AUGGGGACCCCCUUCUCCCAAGCUCAGCCAACGGGAAAUGAACCCAGAGUCGUCCCUACAACUGACGGUCAGACAACCGACUCUCGCGUCGCUGGUACCAAGGAGGGCGUGGCAUCGUCAAUUAGCAGCAAAGUUGAAUCAUCGACUGACACGGAUGACUUGACGAGUGAACAGCAUGAUAACUCAAUAGAAGAGGAAAUUCGCCGCGUCUGGAUUUUGAACCUCUCCAUGAGGUUCAGGAACGAUUCAAACAGGGAGAAAUUUUUCGUUACUUACAUACAGUCUCCUUCACAUUGGAGGAGAGUCACAGUCUUUCUCGACUAUCGAAAUGUCCCAGACACGUCUUUGGAAGCAGACAUCUCAAGGGCCAAGCUACAAAGCGACAAGUCGGCCUUGAUCUACAAAGGUAUUCGAGAAAGCCUGCAAACCAUACGGUUCUACAAUACCGUCACAAACCUGAGAUUGCAAACUGUGGAGGGAACGCUCCAUGUUCACGUAGCCGAAGACUCCAAUGAAAUCAUUGACUAUCCUAGUCUUGACAAUUUCCAGGAUCUUCCAUGUCGGCACGUCCCGGAAGACGCCAUCGAGUUUGAUUCUCACAUCUCCGGCUUUGUCUACCAGGUCAAGGUGGACGGCCAAGUCCUGGCCAGAAAAGACAUAUCAGGCCCCGAUCACGUAAGGCAAUUUGUGAAAGAAAUAAGAGCCUUGGGCGACCUUCGCAACUCCCGAUUUAUCAUCCAUCUCGAUGGAGUGGUCUUGAGCCAGGAUGGAAAACGAGUCAAGGGGUUUCUAAUGCCACUUUGUGAGGGCGGUACUCUCGAUGAUGUGAUAUAUGACAACGCGGGUAGCCUCCCAUGGUCGCAACGGUUGAAAUGGGGUUAUCAGAUUGUCAAUGCUCUUUUGCAAAUUCACGAGACUGGCAUUGUCCACGGCAACCUAAACUUGUCAAAAAUUGCAUUGGACGACAAUGACGAUAUCAACAUCUUCGGAUUCGGCAGCUUGGAGAUAGACACGGGCUGGGAGCCUCCUGAAACUGAACAGUUCAUCCAACAUGGAGGCGGUUUGCGCAUGUAUCAGAGUCCCAAAUCUGAUAUAUAUCAGUUAGGAAUGGUUCUGUGGGCCCUUGCGAGCCAGGUAUAUGAUCCGGAAUCAUCGGCCAAGCCACUCCAGCUGACGGAGGAAAUGGAAACCUCGGAAUGGUACAAGUUCAUUGUCGAACUGUGUCUUUCUCCGAAUCCUCGACUGCGGCCGUAUGCCACCACUUUGCUUCUUUUGUGGAAGCGUUCAGAAUUAUCGGACUCCUUAAGUGGCCGAAUGCCGGGGGCAGGAUCUACAGCAUUCGGCAGCUCCCCCAGUUCAAUGCUCGGUGACAGUAACGAUGACGAUCUUUUCGACACGUCUAGCAUUAAGUCCAUCGACACCUCCGUUUCAGCCAAUUCGACGAACUCUGCCAUCGUCAAAGACGCGACGGAUAGCUUCGUGGAUCUCCUCGACGAAUCUAUGAACCUUACUAGCGUCGUCCAGAAAGCUCUCGAGCAGAAGAAAUUAGACCCCAAUGCACUCAGGAACGGCGUCCGUCGGCUGCUCAAGCUUUUCUCGAGAGACCUAUCCUCGGAGCUUCCCUCACCCGAGUAUCGAGAUGCCUGUAACUUCUUCAUGUCGUCCUCGCGGCAAAUAUCAUAUGAGAUUGCAGCCCGUGCUGGGAUAAAGAUGCCUUCCGAUGUGGAGAAAAUCUCGCCCAAGGAGAUUGAAACGGGUACUUCAAGGACUUCUCGCGAAAGGAACAAAAUCAUCCAAGUUUUCGACGAUGAAUCAGACGCCGAAGAAGAAGAGGGUCCCGUUUCGGAAGAUGACGCUGGCGUUCAUCCCCGGAUUUCCGUCCUUCGUGAAGUCAUUGCAUUAAGUGAGGCCUUUCAGCUAUUCAUGUCCAACGUCUACACAUUGAUCCAUCCUAGUUUUGAAUCUCGCCUUAAACGUGUAAGCCAGGUCGUGGCCGAGAAAGGUGCGGAGAUCGAUCCGGAUGGAUCACUCGCAGAAAUCGUCGCGGAGCUGCUCUAUUCCCAACCGUCAACCAUUACCCUCUCUGAUAUGAAUUCGAUGUCGUGGAUAGAUGCGGGUAAAUGCUGGGUCGAGAAUUACACACAGCAAAACUGGGAAUGGUGGCCGCUGAUGCCAACCCAGGCGAGAGUUCCCACUGGUAAGGCCAAGCUUCUCUGGCGAUGUUUCGAGGCAUGGCACAAGGGCCGAUACACCGAACGCGGUACCGGCAUCCCCGCCGAGGAUAACCAUGAGUACUUCUAUCUGCCCAAACCCAUGGACCGUGUGCCUCCCGUAUCAAAACACGAGUUUUAUGACAGAUUUUACCAGCGCGUCAGGUCGGAAGGCUGCAUCCUGGGGGGAUCUCGGAGCUGCACAGAGACGGAUGCGGUUGAAAGAAUCCCUCAAAAGAAACACACUAUUAGCACCGCCCACAAUCCUCGGCCCCAAUUCUACGGCAUCAUUGCUAGAGAGAAGAAAUCCGGCCUUCGUAUGGUGAUUUACAUAUUGGUCUCAUCUAUUCCGGGCACUAUAUUCUUCUUCCUCUGGUUAUUUCGCUGGGACCAUGAGAGUCUGCAGGAUGCCUCCGUCCUGCUCCUGAUCUCAUUUACUCUUCUCGGGCUGCUUUAUGCUACACAGCUUCUUUAG